AUGUCUUUUGAUUUCGAUUCUUACUUCAAGCGACUUGAUCCCUUGAACCGCUGGACGGUCGAACGACUUACCGGUGGGCUUGUCAAUCUCACUGUCCGUGCCACAAAGAAUAGAACUGGGAGUGAUGAGAAUGAGGGGUUUAACAAGCCUGGUCGAUUCAAGGGCUACCAGAGUUUGAUAUUGAAGUAUGCGCCACCCUUUGUGGCCAGUGUGGGCGAAACUGCACCAUUCGACCAGAUCCGACAGAACGUUGAAAAGAAUGCCCUUACACUCUUUUCCGAGCCAGAUGGCCCGCUUGUAUCUAUCUUAACAGAGACAUCCAUACGCGUUCCAAGCCUGGUAUUUCAUGACGUCGAAUCCAAUGUCCUAGUACUUGAAGACCUAGGCCUGUUGCCGCCACUAUCGGAUCUUCUCUCAAUUUCAUGGAUACCCUCUCGCUAUCCAGGCUGGCCUUCAUUGUCUGGGUCCUACUUUUUGGAAGAUUGCUCACUAUGCUUAUCUAUUGGUGAGGAAUUUGGUCAUUUUUUUGCUAGUAUUCACUCUAGGAAGACGCUGGACCUGAUCAAGUCAUACGGCUGUGACCCUAAACUCACCCAGUUCGAGAACGGUAGCAUGAAAGAGGUAGUGCGAGAAGCAGCUGUGUCAACCAUGCGACAACAUCUUGUUCAGUUUGACUGUUCUGAGGCAGAGAAAUUAAGCCAGGCUGUUGAAGAAGACUUUGAACGCCUGGAAGUAUGGGAUGGCGAACAAUGUUUUAACGUUGGUGAUCUAUGGCCAGGUGGUGUCCUUAUUGAGGACUUACCGUUGCGGCUGCUUGGGGAUAAACGAACCCGGGAGCCACCCAAAUUGCCUAAGCUUGGGGUUAUUGACUUUGAGUUCUCAGGUCCUGGCCGUGGUGUUAACGGUGACAUGGCACAGCUCCUCGCCCAUCUCCAUUUAUACCACCUUGCAUGGGAUAAUUGUGGCGAGCGAUUCAAGCCUAUUCAGGAUGGGGUUCUGUCAUUGAUCGAGGGAAUUUGUUCAUCAUACGCAAGGCAUAGCCGCUCAAUUGGGGCUCCAUGGCAACUUUACCCCUCUGGAUCAUCAUGUUCUGAGAGCCCACGAAAGCCACUCCAGACAUCUUUACCACCACCUGCAUCCUCACACGCUGCUCAAAUGUUUCGUUCGUCUCUUAUUCUACACGGACGAGAGAUGGUAAACAACGCGGUUGAGGUCGAUUGGAGUAAAUACUGCAUGAAAGAACCUGGCAAUGACACAGACAUCACGGAUAAAGGCACCAAUAAUAAGGGCAGUGGAUUGACUGAGAGAAUGAUCAACACGGGGGUCCAAUGUCUUCAGCUAGCCGGAAACAGUAUUGAAAGUUUUGUCGAAGCUGACAACUGGGGGCAAGUCUGCUCGAGUGGUGAAUCCUCAAUGAUUGCUAGUCUAUUCAUCAUUGAUAGAAGCCCUCUAGUUUGA